UGAAGUUUGACUGAAACCUACUCCAAAUCCAAUCCCAAGCUGCCACUUUUUCUCCAGGAACAAACAGCAGAAGAGAGAGGAACAUACAAAAAAAGGACACACAGCUAGCUUUCCAAGCCUGACCCCAAAAGAGCGUGGAAUGACAACCAUGAAGGCGUUUGUGUGCCAUCCACAGGGUUUCCCUACUUUGGUGCUGUUUGUUCUCUGUUCCAUGUUUCUUUUCCUACUUGUUGCAAGGCCUGAAAGGGAAAUUUUUGAAGUUUCUCCACUGUUAUUAAAAUUAUUCAGUAAUGCCCAAAGAAGUCCAGGUUCUGCACAGACGCUUCAAAGCACCCCAGACUUUGAAUGGGGAUCUGCACUUAAAGAGGGGAAGGAGUCCAAAUUCUUUGCCCUGCAAUCUCCAACACCACCAACAGCAAGCACACGCCACCCCUUAGAGGUGGUCUAUUCGGACGGGUAUAAAUUCCGUCUCAAUGAACCAGAUAAGUGCCAGAAGAUAUCGCCUUUCCUGGUCUUGUUUGUGAUAACGGAGCCGCAAGAUAUUGUCAAAAGGGAAGCCAUCCGGAAGACGUGGGGCAAUGAGAACUCUGUGCCUGGCGUCUCCAUCCUUCGUCUCUUUUUGACCGGCGUCCAUCCCCGCUUUGGAUCCCCGCUGCAGAAUCUGCUGGAAGAAGAGAGCUCCAUCUACAGAGACAUUGUCCAGCAGGACUUCCUAGACACCUACAACAACCUUACUCUCAAGACUCUGAUGGGCAUGGAGUGGAUCAGCAAGUUCUGUCCCAAUGCCUCGUACGUCAUGAAAGCAGACAGCGAUAUCUUUCUGAAUGUGGAGUACCUGGUGUCCAAGCUGCUACAGCCCCACCUGCCCCCCAAGAAAGACUAUAUGACGGGGUACAUCUACAGAAACACAAAGCCAAUUCGUAGCAAAGCCUACAAAUGGUAUGUGCCAAAGGAAGUGUAUCCUAAUGACACCUACCCACCCUACUGUGGAGGCCCUGGGUAUGUGUUUUCUGCGGAUUUGGCCCCGAAGAUCUACAAGGUGGCUCAGACCAUCAGAGUAAUCAACAUGGAAGAUUCUUUCAUGGGAAUCUGCCUCCACGAACUGGGCAUCAGUGUGACAAACAGCCCCUGGGGCCUCUUCAAUGUCUACAAAAUCACCUAUGAGAAGUGUCGAUUCUCUAAGGUCGUAGUUGUACAUCACUUUGGGCCCCAGGAACUGCUGGAGAUUUGGCCUCGCUUUCAGGAUCGGAAUGAAACUUGCGAGAGCUAAAGGUGCAGAGAAAUGCUGGCAGGGAGGACUGACAACCACAUGCAAACCAGCACAUACAGCCUUAGCUAUUUACACAUG